UUGUUGUUCUUGAGUCAGUCGAGUUCAUAACAUGGCUGCCAUGCGAUGAUUCGUAAGUCGCGUAGUUUACGGACGUGUUUAUGAUUCAUCUCGGUGCUUUCCUUCGCUCCCUCUGCCCUAAAUGUGCUCAAAAGAGGACGUCGGUUGGUGUUCGUAGUGAGUUCGUCCGCGAGCACCCACUGAUCGACGUGCAAUUAUGGAAUCACUGAGAAAAUGGUUUUACAAGCCCAAGAGAGACGACACGUCGCUGCUCGCGCAGUUCUUCUACGCCGACGAGGCGCUCAACAUCGUGGCCGCGGAGCUGGACAGCUUCGACGGCCGCAAGGACCCUGAGCGCUGCUCGGUGCUGGUGAACCAGCUGCGGCAGUGCCAGGACAAGGUGCUGACGAUAUGCAGCCGCAUCAUGGACCAGGUCAUCCCGGACGAGCGCGCCGACCGGGACUUCCGCGUCAAGUUCCCCGACGACGUCAUGCAGGAGAACCUGGCCGGCCAGCUGUGGUUCGGCGCGGAGUGCCUAGCUGCAGGAUCAAGCAUAAUGAACCGGGAGACCGAGUCGUCCCUCAUGCGGCCCCUCGCCAAGGCACUGACGAAAUCGCUGGAGUAUGUGCGGAACCUGCUGCGUGAGCAAAGCUUGCGCGGCGUCUCCUCGCUGCAGAGCGAACUGUACGCCGCCGACCGGCUCAAGGAGGCGCUCAAAGACUUCGACCGCUUGUUUGCCAAGUUCGAGCUUCGCUACGUCAGUGCCAUGGUGCCUGUCAAAAGCCUGCAGGAGUAUGAGUUUCAGCAGUUAAUAGUUGUUCUAUUUUCUGAGACUUUACAGAGAGCGCUUGACAUGAACUUGCUCACUCAAGAAAUGGUGGACGUGUACGACCCUGCCCUCAUGUUCACUAUUCCUCGCCUUGCUAUUGUGUCUGGGCUUCUAAUAUUUCCUGAUGGUCCCUUCUGUUUGGAUCGAACACCUACCCACAUGUCGGAAAUGUUCAGACCUUUUAGAGUGAGUUUGUCUUAA